AUGACCAUCUCAUAUCCAACAGUGUCGGCGCUUCGCUGCGGGUAUCUCUCGCCUCCAGCAUACAAAUUCGUUGCGGAUGCAAAAGAAGGGGAGAAACUGACCAUGCCGUCGAUGGCCUUCUUGAUUCAACAUCCCGCAACAAAGUCAAAAAUUGUCUUUGACCUGAGCAUUCGCAAAGACUUGACCAAAUACCACCCUGGACUGCAAAAGCACCUCGAAACGAGGCACCCUUUAAGCAGCCAAGACGAUGUGAAGUCAGCAUUGGCGCUGGGAAACGUGGAGGCCUCCAAGAUUGACUAUGUGAUCAUGAGCCACGUGCAUUGGGACCACGUGGGCACUCCGUCCGACUUCACCUCUGCGACUUUCAUUGCCGGCCACAAUACACGCAAGCUUCUCAGAAAUGAAAUGGGGCCAGACCUGGCGAAUCCCUUCUUUGAGCCCGAUUUAUUACCAUGGGACCGCACGAUCGAGUUGCCAGCAGUACCGAGCUCCAAGGCGAGUGAAGUGUUUGACGAGGCUCACGGGUGGUAUUGGCAACCCAUGUCUCCAAUCCAGAAUGUCAUUGACAUGUUCAACGAUGGCACCGUGUAUAUCGUGGAUAGCCCAGGUCAUUUGCCAGGGCAUUUGAAUGCAUUGGUCCGGGUGGCCGUUGACAAAUGGGUUUAUCUGGCUGCUGAUGCUUGUCACCACAUGCGAAUCUUCAAUGGCGAGACGGAUUUCGGUGCCUGGAAGGAUGAUAAGGGGCGGACAGUUACGAUCCACAAAGAUCUGGACGCAGCAUACAAGACGCUGAACGUUAUGCGCGUGCUUCGAAGCGACGGACUCAACGGGAUUCCAGUGCAGAUUGUCCUCGCGCACGAUGGAGAGUGGCAGCAAAGGAAUCCGGACCUUUUCUUCCCAGGCCACCUGUAA